UCUCUAAUUUGAAUUGGAAAAUUUUUCACAUGCAAAAUCCAAUGUUCCUAAAAAUGCAGUACCAAAUGUCCAAUCUAUUCAUUCAUACUUCAAAAUCAGUCCUCUUAUGUUCACACGCAAAGAUGAGCUCAAUAUUAAUCAAGAUUUUGUCAAUGCAAUUCUUGUUUUUCCUCUGUGCCUCACAGCAAUAUGAUUUCUUUUACUUGGUUCAACAGUGGAAUCCAUCAUACUGUAAUACAAAGAGAAGCUGUUGCUACCCAAUCUAUGGAAAACCUGCAACAGAUUUUGGUAUUCAUAGCCUAUGGCCGUAUUUCGCCAAUGGUUCAUACCCACAAAAUUGCAAUAAGAUUCACAAGUCAGUCUUCGAUGAAGCUAAAAUUUCAGAGCUGAUUGGUAGAAUGCAAAAGGAUUGGCCAAGCUUAUCAUGUCCAAGUACUAAUGGCUCAAAGAUCUGGAAGCAUGAAUGGACAACACGUGGCACUUGUUCAGUGGCUACCCUCGAUCAGCAUUCAUAUUUUGAAGCAGCUUUGAACAUGAAGGAGAAAAUUAACAUCCUUCAAAUUCUCAAGAAUGCAGGAAUCAAACCAGGAGGAGUUUAUAGCAUUUUUGACAUUAACGAAGCUAUAAGAAAGGUAACUGGACACGAAGCAGGGAUACAUUGCAACAAAGAUGCAUUUGGCAAAUCACAACUUUACAAAGUUUAUAUUUGCGUCGAUCCAUCGGGUUCGAGAGUCAUUGAAUGUCCAGGGAUUCCCAUGGGAAAAUGCAGAUCCACCAUUAAGUUCCCUUCAUUCUAGACAUGUCGUGGCUUGUGGAGGGGCUAAAUUGAUUGUCAUCUUUUGUGUUUGUCAUGAAUCCAUAUUUGCUUAGGAAGGGGUUUCGUAUAGACUCCUAGGCUUCUAGCUCGUCUAUAGCAAUGAAAAAGAUAAAAAGAAAAGAAAAAAUUAAAAUCAGAUUGUGUUGUACCAAACUAGUUUAUGAAGGCUUCUUUUUCAGCUUUCUGGAUUGUGUUGUUCAAGUGAAAUGUACCAAUACUUAUGACAUCUUCAUUGGCACC